AUGUGCCAAACGAAAGCCGGCUUCCACUCAUGUGGCCACAACGGCGAAGUCACCACCGACCUUUGCUCUGACGCUGUGGCCCGCAUGAACCCAGCGCUCAGCAACAGAGAUGCCGCAAUCUUCGAUGCAGCCUGCGACGUGAUCACAAAGACCGACACCCGCGACUAUUGCUGCAACGCAAAAUGCUGCAGCCGACAGAUCAAGAUCACGUACGACGCAUACCGAAAAGCUGGUGCCGCCAAGGCAGACUUUCCCAAGCCAAGCUUUAUGCAGCGCACCUUCAUGGGCAAAACGAAGUCAUCGUAUCUUGCAGAGAAAGAGGCGACGGUGCAUGCAUUCUUGCAGACGCAGGCAGAUCAUAGUGCCGAGAAGGAGAAGCACAGCGCAUGCCGGCAGAAGCAAGACAGGGCCAGCGGAAAACAGCGUAUCGAGAUCGCCAAGGCAAGGUGUCCACUGCCAGGGCAGCAGGAGCAAAUUUGGAGUCGCCAGCAAGUGCAGCGGCAGGUGAUGGAGAGAGCGAUGCGCAGACGCUUCGGCGAGGUGCCAGAACCAGAUGAGAGGAAAGAUUCGUACUUUCCACCGAUGCGGAAGAAGGUCAGUGCAUACUUUCCGCCGGAGGGACGACGACCAGCACCAGCACCUCCAAUCAUGUCGUAUGGCGCUAGACAAGAGGAGUACGAGUACAUGUAUGUACAGGAGUGGCUGCCACGAAUCAAGCCAGGUAGUUGGUCGGAGCACAGCCGUGGUCGGCAGCCAUCCUAUCGGACGACCGCCUCUGGAAGCAACGCAUCGGCACCAGUCAGUGUCACCAGCAAUAACUCUCUCGCAGAUGAGUACGCCGACUGCAUUGGCAAUGGCCCAGCCGUGGUGCGGCCGCGGUACGGAUGA